CAGUGUGGAGGAGACUGAGGUAAAGUUGGAAGCGCAGCGGCGUUGGCGGCGGCGGCGGCGGCAGCGGCAGCGCGGCGGGGCCGGUAUUCUACCUUGUAAAUACUGUUAUUUGUAUAUACUGUAAAUGAUGACAUCGGUGGGCACUAACCGAGCCCGGGGAAACUGGGAACAACCUCAAAACCAAAACCAGACACAGCACAAGCAGCGGCCACAGGCCACUGCGGAACAGAUUCGACUUGCACAGAUGAUUUCAGACCAUAAUGAUGCUGACUUUGAGGAAAAGGUGAAACAAUUGAUUGAUAUCACAGGCAAAAACCAGGAUGAAUGUGUCAUUGCUUUACAUGACUGCAAUGGGGACGUCAACAGAGCCAUCAACGUCCUACUGGAAGGAAGCCCAGAUACGCAUUCGUGGGAGAUGGUCGGGAAGAAGAAGGGAGUCUCAGGACAGAAGGAUGGUGGCCAAACGGAAACCAACGAGGAAGGCAAAGAGAAUCGAGACCGUGACAGAGACUAUAGUCGGCGACGUGGUGGGCCACCAAGACGGGGGAGAGGUGCCAGCCGUGGACGAGAGUGUAUGCAUGGGGCUUUAACAAAACCAGCUGUGGUUCGGGGUCAGGAAAACGGAUUAGAUGGCACCAAGAGUGGAGGACCUUCUGGAAGAGGCACUGAACGAGGCAGAAGAGGCCGUGGCCGAGGAAGAGGUGGCUCUGGUAGACGGGGAGGAAGGUUUUCUGCUCAAGGAAUGGGAACCUUUAACCCGGCUGACUACGCAGAGCCGGCCAGUACUGAUGAGAACUGUGGCAGUAAUAGCGGCAGCACGUGGAACAACACUGGCCACUUCGAACCAGAUGACGGGACGAGUGCAUGGAGGACUGCGGCAGAGGAGUGGGGGACUGAAGAUUGGAAUGAAGACCUUUCCGAGACCAAGAUCUUCACUGCCUCUAAUGUGUCUUCAGUGCCUCUGCCUGCGGAGAAUGUGACAAUCACUGCUGGUCAGAGAAUCGACCUUGCUGUUCUGUUGGGGAAGACACCAUCUUCGAUGGAGAAUGACUCCUCCAGUCUGGAUCCGUCUCAGGCUCCUUCUCUUGCACAGCCUCUGGUGUUCAGUAACUCGAAGCAGAGCGCCAUCGCACAGCCUGCUCCAGGAAGCUCGUUCUCUCACCACAGCGUGGCGAGCGUGCUGGGGAAAGGAUUCGGUGAGGUCGGGGAGGCCAAAGGCGGCAGCACCACGGGCUCUCAGUUCCUGGAGCAGUUCAAGACCGCUCAGGCCCUGGCCCAGCUGGCGGCGCAGCACUCUCCGUCCGGAACCGCCACCACCUCCUCUUGGGACAUGGGCUCUGCCUCCCAGUCGCCGUCGCUGGUGCAGUACGAUUUGAAGAACCCAAACGAUUCCACAGUGCACAGCCCCUUCUCCAAGCGCCAGGCUUUCACCCCGUCUUCAACCAUGAUGGAGGUGUUCCUUCAGGAGAAGCCGCCCACGGUGGCCGCCCCCGCAGCUGCACCUCCCCCGCCCUCUUCUCCUCUGCCGAGCAAGUCCACCUCGGCCCCACAGAUGUCGCCCGGGUCUUCGGAUAACCAGUCCUCCAGCCCUCAGCCGGCUCAGCAGAAGUUGAAACAGCAGAAGAAAAAGGCCUCUUUGACUUCUAAGAUCCCUGCCCUGGCCGUGGAGAUGCCUGGCUCGGCGGACGUCUCGGGGCUAAACCUGCAGUUCGGGGCCCUGCAGUUCGGGUCCGAGCCUGUCCUCUCUGACUACGAGUCCACCCCCACCACGAGCGCCUCUUCAAGCCAGGCUCCAAGUAGCCUCUAUACCAGCACAGCCAGUGAAUCUUCAUCUACAAUUUCAUCUAACCAGAGUCAGGAGUCCGGUUAUCAGAGCGGUCCAAUUCAGUCGGCAGCCUAUACCUCCCAAAAUAAUGCUCAGGGCCCUCUGUAUGAACAGAGGUCCACACAGACUCGACGGUACCCCAGUUCCAUCUCCUCAUCACCCCAAAAGGACCUGACUCAGGCAAAGAACGGCUUCAGCUCUGUGCAGGCCACACAGUUACAGACCACGCAAUCUGUUGAAGGUGCUACAGGCUCUGCAGUGAAGUCUGACUCACCUUCUACUUCCGGCAUCUCCCCUCUCAGCGAGACGGUGUCCGCAGCCUCCUUGCUGACAGCAGCCAGUCAGCACUCAUCCCCCCUGGGUGGCUUGAGCCACGGUGAGGAGAGUGCCGGCGCCCCCACCACGCAACACAGCAGCACGUUAUCGACGCAGCCAAAUACCCUUUCGUCAUCCACGUCUUCUGGGCGCACUUCUACAUCCACUCUUUUGCACACAAGCGUGGACAGUGAGGCGAACCUCCAUUCUUCCUCCAGCACUUUCUCCACCACGUCCAGCACGGUCUCUGCGCCGCCCCCAGCGGCCAGCGUCUCCUCCAGUCUUAACAGCGGCAGCAGCUUGGGCCUCAGCCUCAGCAGCAACUCCACUGUCACAGCCUCGACUCGGAGCUCAGUCGCUACAACUUCAGGAAAAGCUCCUCCCAACCUCCCUCCUGGGGUCCCGCCGCUGUUGCCUAAUCCGUACAUCAUGGCUCCGGGGCUAUUACAUGCCUACCCGCCACAAGUAUAUGGUUAUGAUGACUUACAGAUGCUCCAGACAAGAUUCCCCUUGGAUUACUACAGCAUCCCAUUUCCCACGCCCACCACUCCGCUGACUGGGAGGGACGGUAGCCUGGCCAGCAACCCCUACUCUGGUGACCUCACAAAGUUCGGCCGUGGGGACGCCUCCUCCCCGGCCCCGGCCACAACCUUGGCACAGCCCCAACAGAACCAGACGCAGACGCAUCACACCACGCAGCAGACAUUCCUGAACCCGGCGCUGCCUCCUGGCUACAGUUACACCAGCCUGCCGUACUACACGGGGGUUCCGGGCCUCCCCAGCACCUUCCAGUACGGGCCUGCUGUGUUCCCUGUGGCUCCUACCUCUUCCAAGCAGCAUGGUGUGAAUGUCAGUGUGAACGCAUCAGCCACCCCUUUCCAACAGCCUAGUGGAUAUGGGUCUCACGGAUACAACACUGGUGUGUCGGUCACCUCCAGCAACACGGGCGUGCCGGACAUCUCGGGUUCUGUGUACUCCAAGACCCAGCAGUCCUUCGAGAAACAAGGUUUUCAUUCCGGCACUCCUGCUGCCUCCUUCAACUUGCCUUCAGCCCUAGGAAGUGGGGGACCCAUCAACCCGGCCACGGCUGCGGCCUACCCACCCGCCCCCUUCAUGCACAUCCUGACCCCCCACCAGCAGCCGCACUCCCAGAUCCUCCACCACCACCUGCAGCAGGACGGCCAGCUACCAUAUUUGCAGAUGAUUCUCUGUUGCCAGCGCCAGCAGGAGGAGCAGACGGGCAGCGGGCAGCGCAGCCAGACCAGCUCCAUCCCGCAGAAGCCCCAGACCAACAAGUCGGCCUACAACAGCUACAGCUGGGGGGCCAACUGAGGCCCUGCCCCUCCUCCUCCCGGCCCGGCGACUGCGCACACGGCGUCCAGGAGAGAAAGGGGGGUGGGGGGGCUCCGCUGCCCCCCACCCCCAGCGGCCCACCCCAAGCCUCGGCUUCAUGUCUGUCCGUUCCCAUACCAUCCCCCACUCUGUUGUAUGUAUUAUAGGAUUUGUAUUUUCUCCCUCCCCCCCUUUCCUCUCUUCCUCCCCACCCGCCCCUUGCAUUCAAGAUUAUGAAACUUUUGCUGUGGGCCCUGCCUUCCUUCUCCUCCUCCUGUUCACCCUGGUGGUGUAUGGGUGAGGUGGGGAGGGGGGGACUCCCAAAUAUAUAUCAGCCCGACAGCCCGAAGUCUCCUUCUUUAUUAUUAGAAAACAAAACAACAAAAAAUGGCGUCAUGAAUAUGAACAGCAUUGUCAGAUGAA